GUAGCCAUUGCUAUAGCUGUUUAAUCUCGGUUACACACCUUAUGGAUGAUGAAUUGGAUUUAUGUGGUGUUAAACCAUUUUGGAAGAGCUUUUACUUGAGAACAAGAACCUCUAUUAGAUGAUGUUCCAUGAUUUACUUAACCUCCAGAUGACCUCCAAAUGUAUGGCAUUUUAAAGACCAAGGAUGGUAUGACAACCGAGGGUUUCUGUAAAUAACACCCUCUUCCUCGCUUGUCCCAGUGGAUGCACAUUCCUGGCCCUCAGGAGGAAAAGGACAGGUUUUCCAGCUGGCUCUUUCCCAGUAGGAUUGCCCCUUGCUGGCCCUUGCUCUGUCACAAUGCUGCUUGUGCCUUGAGGAGUUAAAAAUAACCCAGCCCUGGAUCCUGGACGGGGUGGAUAUUUGGCCUGAUAUAGCAAUGGGAGACACAUUUACGGCCGCAGUUGUCAGUUACGAAGUCAGGCGGGAAGAGAGACAAGACCGGAAAAGAAGAGGAGACAAGAGCCAAGGCGUCUGUGCCAAUACGGGACACAGAUUCUCACAGAGGACACGGGGCAGGGAUCAGAGAGAGCAAAUAAGAGACGUUGUUUGGGACCUGAGGAGAAAGAUAGACAUGAAAGUUUGGGGGCUUUCGCAUUAGCUGGAUAGAUGCUCUGAAGCUGAUAAAUGAAUGGGCUCCUGGGUACUACCUGAAGACUGAGGAUAAUGCAAACCCAUAAAGCUAAGUGCAUGUGAGCGAGAAUCAAUCUCCCAGGGAGCGAUUUGAUGUUCAGUGGUUGGUUAUCACUGGGAGAGGCACAGUGAGUGCGGAAACUCGGUUGAUGCAAAGUGUAGUGCAGCUUUUUUGCCAAGCUUUGGGUCACUCUUUACCAUGGGCAAUGCGGCAAUGUGUAAGGCAUGUGGUUCAGGUAAAGGCCUGCGGACCAUUGGAAGUGAUCCAUCUCUGGACAGUUACUACAGUUCUGUGGCAGAUACCUUGUCGGACAGUAACACCAGCUUCCUGAGGGCAGCCAGGGCAGGUAAUAUUGAAAAGGUGCUGGAGUUCCUCAAGAGCGGACAGGACAUUUCCACAUGCAACCAGAAUGGACUCAAUGCGCUCCAUCUAGCAGCCAAAGAGGGUCAUGUGGAGCUGGUGGAGGAACUUAUGGAGAGGGGUGCGACCGUGAACUCUUCAACCAAGAAAGGGAACACAGCAUUGCACAUUGCUUGUCUAGCUGGGCAGAAAGAAGUUGCAAAGUUGUUGAUGAAAAGAGGAGCAGAUGUAAACUCGCAAUCACAGAAUGGCUUCACUCCACUUUAUAUGGCUGCUCAAGAGAAUCACCUGGAUGUUGUGCGAUAUCUUCUGGAGAAUGGUGGAAACCAGAGCAUGGCAACAGAGGAUGGCUUCACUCCUCUGGCCAUUGCUCUGCAGCAGGGUCAUAAUCAGGUGGUCUCUCUGCUGCUGGAGCAUGACACAAAAGGUAAAGUCCGCCUUCCUGCACUCCACAUCGCUGCCCGCAAGGAUGACACUAAGUCUGCUGCUUUGCUGCUUCAGAACGACCAUAAUGCGGAUGUCCAGUCUAAGAUGAUGGUCAACAGGACUACAGAGAAUGGAAAGAGUGGCUUCACUCCUCUGCAUAUUGCUGCUCACUACGGUAACGUUAAUGUGGCCACGCUGCUGCUCAACAGAGGGGCUGCUGUUGAUUUCACAGCCAGGAAUGGUAUAACCCCUCUUCAUGUGGCCUCCAAACGAGGAAAUACAAACAUGAUUGCUCUGCUGUUAGACAGGGAGGCUCAGAUUGACGCCAAGACCAGGGAUGGGCUCACACCGCUGCACUGUGCAGCCAGAAGUGGACAUGACACUGCAGUGGAAAUCCUGCUUGAAAGAGGAGCUCCCAUACUGGCACGGACCAAGAAUGGUCUUUCCCCGUUGCACAUGUCUGCUCAGGGUGAUCACGUCGAGUGUGUGAAACACCUGCUGCAACACCAGGCACCGGUUGAUGAUGUCACACUGGACUACCUGACCGCUCUUCAUGUUGCCGCCCACUGUGGUCACUACAGAGUCACAAAAUUACUACUGGAUAAGAAAGCGAAUCCUAAUGCCAGAGCACUGAAUGGCUUCACUCCUCUGCAUAUUGCCUGCAAAAAGAACCGAGUGAAAGUCAUGGAACUGCUGGUUAAAUAUGGAGCCUCAAUUCAAGCUAUCACUGAGUCCGGCCUGACCCCAAUCCAUGUUGCAGCAUUUAUGGGACACCUCAAUAUUGUUCUCCUGCUGCUACAGAAUGGAGCCUCACCUGACGUCUGUAAUAUUCGUGGUGAGACGGCAUUGCACAUGGCUGCAAGGGCAGGACAGAUAGAGGUGGUGCGAUGUUUGCUAAGGAACGGUGCUUUGGUGGAUGCCAUGGCCAGAGAGGACCAGACACCCCUUCACAUUGCGUCUCGUCUGGGUCAGACAGAGAUUGUGCAGCUGUUACUGCAGCACAUGGCUCAUCCUGAUGCUUCCACCACUAAUGGAUACACACCUCUGCACAUCUCCGCCCGUGAAGGUCAGGUGGAGACAGCUGCAGUGCUGCUGGAGGCUGGAGCAUCUCACUCACUCGCCACCAAGAAAGGCUUCACUCCUUUACAUGUUGCUGCUAAAUAUGGUAGUCUGGACGUGGCAAAACUCCUCCUUCAGCGGAGGGCACUUCUUGAUGAUGCUGGAAAGUACGGUCUCACACCACUGCAUGUAGCUGCUCACUAUGAUAACCAGCAGGUGGCGAUGAUGCUCUUGGAAAAAGGAGCCUCACCUCAUGCUACUGCUAAGAAUGGCUAUACACCUCUCCACAUUGCAGCAAAGAAGAACCAGACACAGAUCGCCUCUGCGCUGCUUCAGUAUGGAGCAGAGACCAAUGCAUUGACCAAACAGGGAGUGAGUCCUUUACACCUGGCAUCCCAGGAGGGGCACACUGAGAUGGCCUCCCUGCUGCUGGAGAGGGAUACACAUGUCAGUGCUGCCACUAAGAGUGGCCUUACACCUCUACACCUCGCUGCUCAGGAGGACAGAGUGCAGGUGGCUGAAAUACUGGUCAAGCACGAAGCAAACGUAGACCAGCAGACCAAAUUGGGCUACACUCCUCUUAUUGUUGCCUGUCACUAUGGAAAUGUCAAAAUGGUUAAUUUCCUUUUGCAAAAUGGCGCUAAUGUCAAUGCAAAAACUAAGAAUGGCUACACACCACUUCACCAAGCAGCUCAGCAGGGAAAUACACACAUUAUCAAUGUCCUGCUGCAGCAUGGAGCCAAGCCCAAUGCAGUCACUAUGAAUGGGAACACAGCACUCUCUAUUGCUAAGCGUCUGGGGUACAUCUCAGUGGUGGACACUCUGAAAGUUGUUACUGAGGAAAUAAUCACAACGACAACCACGGUGACAGAGAAACACAAGCUGAAUGUUCCAGAGACAAUGACAGAAGUUCUGGAUGUGUCUGAUGAGGAGGCCCAACAUCAGAUGGAGGACGAGCUUUUUACUGUGUCUAUGGAGAUCGAAGGAAUACAGGGUGAGGACACAAUGACAGGUGAUGGAGGGGAAUACCUGAGAGCAGAGGACCUGAGAGAGCUUGGUGAUGACUCUCUACCUGGACACUACCUGGACGGCAUGAGCUACACCCAUAACUUAGACCGGUCCCAUGAGACCCACAGUCAUCUUGCUUACAGGGGUGAAGGAAUGCUGAUUGAGGAUAUGAUCACCAGCCACCAGCUUAAUAAGGUUUCUGCAUUCUCUCGAGAACAUGAGAAGGACUCAUAUCGACUGAGCUGGGGUGCUGAACAUCUGGAUAAUGUGGUGCUAACUAGCACUCUUCUGCAGUCAGGCCGAUCCACCCCAUGCCUUGACAAUGACAACAGCAGCUUCCUGGUCAGUUUCAUGGUGGAUGCCCGUGGUGGAGCCAUGCGUGGCUGUCGUCACAAUGGACUACGCAUUAUUGUGCCACCUAGAAAGUGCUCAGCACCUACACGGGUCACAUGUCGUCUGGUGAAGAGGCACAGGCUGGCCUCUAUGCCCCCUAUGGUGGAUGGAGAGGGGCUCGCAGGCAAGCUUAUUGAAGUUGGACCCACUGGAGCCCAGUUUCUUGGUAAACUCCACCUCCCAACAGCCCCUCCUCCUCUUAAUGAGGGUGAAAGUCUUGUCAGCAGAAUUCUGCAGCUGGGUCCACCCGGCACAAAAUUCCUCGGGCCUGUGAUAGUGGAGAUCCCCCACUUUGCUGCAUUGCGUGGGACAGAGAGGGAGUUGGUGAUUCUGCGCAGUGAGACAGGAGAGAGCUGGAGAGAACAUCACUGUGAGCAUACAGAAGAGGAGCUGAAUCAGAUACUCAAUGGCAUGGACGAGGAACUGGACCCUCCUGAGGAGCUGGAGAAAAAGCGAAUAUGCCGCAUCAUCACACGGGAUUUCCCACAAUACUUUGCAGUGGUGUCCCGCAUUAAGCAGGACAGUCAUCUGAUCGGUCCAGAGGGUGGGUUGUUAAGCAGCACACUUGUUCCACAGGUCCAGGCUGUGUUCCCAGAGGGAGCAUUGACUAAACGGAUACGCGUUGGGCUACAGGCCCAGCCAAUCAGUGAGAAUCUGGUGAGGAAGAUCUUGGGUAAUAAGGCUACAUUCAGCUCAAUUGUUACUUUGGAGCCCAGAAGACGCAAGUUUCACAAGCCCAUUACCAUGACUAUUCCUGUCCCUAAAAGCUCAACCAGUGAUGGGACAAACAGUACCCCCACUCUACGACUAUUAUGUAGCAUUACGGGUGGGACGACUCCAGCACAAUGGGAGGACAUAACUGGAUCCACACCGCUAACAUUCAUCAACCAGUGUGUUUCAUUUACCACUAAUGUGUCAGCAAGGUUCUGGCUUAUAGAUUGCCGUCAGAUCCAGGAGUCUGUGAACUUCUCCAGUCAGCUGUAUCGUGAGAUCAUCUGUGUUCCCUAUAUGGCCAAAUUUGUCAUCUUCGCCAAGACAUUGGACCCUAUAGAAGCACGACUCCGCUGCUUCUGUAUGACGGAUGAUAAGAUGGAUAAAACUUUGGAGCAGCAGGAGAACUUCACUGAAGUGGCUCGUAGUCGAGAUGUCGAGCUUCUAGAGGGAAAGCCAAUAUUUGCAGACUGCUUUGGAAAUUUGGUCCCUCUGACCAAAAGUGGACAGCACCAUGUGUUCAGCUUCUAUGCCUUUAAGGAAAACCGUCUUUCUCUCUUUAUUAAAAUUCGUGACAGCACUCAAGAACCAUGCGGCAGAUUGUCUUUUACAAAAGAACCUAGAACAUAUCGCAGUCUAAACCACAAUGCAAUAUGCAACCUGAACAUCUGCCUACCUGUUUACUCAAAGGAAUCUGAUUCUGACCAAGAUGCAGAUGAGGAGAGUGAGAAGACACAUGAGCAAUAUUAUGAUGGAUCUGAGUCAACAGAGCUUUCCAUGCUGCAAAUCAUACAUGAUCCUGCCACACUCGCAAGUCCAGAUCUACUUUCAGAGGUUUCUGAAAUGAAGCAGGACCUGAUUAAAGUGUCAGUCCUUCUGACCUCUGAAAAGUCAGAAAAAUCAUGGUCCUCUGAUGCCGGAGAGCGAUCAGACAAGGCUGGGGAUGAGGAAGUGGACGAGCCAUUUGAGAUUGUUGAAAAAGUGAAAGAGGACUUAGAGAGGGUAGAACAGAUUCUUCGUGACAGAACAAUGGAUGAAAAGAAGGGGGGAGGUGCUAUUGGGAGAUCUGUAACCAUUGAUGAUGAGGAGUGGGUACAUCUCAGUGAGACAGAUGUUGAGGAAUCCAAAAGCAAAAAUAUCUCUGAAGUCCAAGAGGCACUUGUUCAGGAAGUUCAAAUCACAAGAGGCAUUAUAUCCAGUUCUCCUCCUCAGAGGGAUAUUUCAGGUAUGGUUUCAUAUCUCAGCAGUGACUUAGAACAGUGUCUGCAGGAAACGCCUGUACCAUUUAAUGAUUCACAAGAUGUGGAUAGUGUUCAAGAAAGUUUUAAAGAGGUUGUUGUAACACGUGGAAAACACCGCCCUGCAAAAAUCAAAAAGCCAGCAAGGAAAAAGCAUAAAGAGAGGGACUUUGCAAGCGGCAGUUCAGAGGAUGACUUGGAAAGGAUGAGUAGGAGUCAGUCUGAAGAGUCUCUUGAUGAAGAUGCAGUUAUCGGUGGAUCUGAACCUGUCUUUGGACCUGUUCCUGUGUCUCCUAGAGUUGUCGAAACUCCGAUUGGAUCCAUUAAGGACAGGGUUAAGGCACUGCAGAAGAAGGUUGAAGAAGAGAAUGAGGUGGACAGUCAAAAGUGGAAAUCCCAAAAAGUUAGUACUUCCCAGAGUAAGCCAUAUGUUACAGAGACAGAAAAAUCAGCCAAGCUUACUCCAAAAUCCCCAAAGUCACAGACGGAAAAGCUGGAGGAAACUAUGUCUGUAAGAGAGCUGAUGAAAGCUUUUCAGACUGGCCAGGAUCCAUCGAAAAGCAAGUCUGGACUUUUUGAACAUAAAUCAAUUGUGACUUUAACCUCUGAAGCAGCACGUUCUGAUAUGAUUCAAGUUCCCCCAACGUAUGAUAGCCAAAUGACAGUACCAACUCAACAUUUACAAGAAAGAACGAUAACAACUGUAACCUCUGAAAUGCCAAGUCCUGAUGUGGUGCAGAUUUCCUCAACAUAUGAUAGCCAAAUGACAUCAACAACUCAACAUUUAAAAGAAAGAGCAAUUACAACUAUACCCUCUGAAGCAAGUUCUGAUGUGAUGCAGGUUCCUCCAACAUAUGAUAACCAAAUUACAGAAUCAACCCAGUAUUUACAAGAAACAAUUGUAGUAGAAAACAAGGUCCUUCAAGAAUCAUCACAUAUUGACCAAAAAACAAUUCAGCAUAAACCAAUGAUUGAUGAUGGUGAAGCAGUACAUGAGAAACCACUGACGAUCAUCCAGAUCGAAGGUGAUCAAGCUGUAACUUCCGACAUUAUCUUUAACUUUGAAAUGAAAAGCUCUCGAGAAGACCUGCUCGGUAAACAUAAAGCAAAUGACCAAAAUGGAAAACCAUCUCAGGAACCAGAAACUGAGGAACAACAAAUAUGUCCUGAACUAUUAAGUAACGAAGACCCGCGGUUGAUACAUGAGGGAAUGUAUAAUAUAGAUAACAGGAGAUUGUCUGUGGAACCUCAGAUCAGCCCAGACAGGAAACCAUCAGAGGAUUUCAGUGCAGAUAUUAAGGCAGAACUUGAGGAAAAUCCUGAAUAUCUGCGCUUUAGGCGAACUUCAGGUAAAGCAAGUAAACAUUAUUUAAUGUGUAACGAUGACCUUUCUUUGGAAGAUGAGGAGCAGAUACACCAGGAAGCAGUGGAUCCAAGUAAAUCACACAUAAUCACUGCAUUUGCUACUGCAAUGGUGCAGAGUGAACCCUUAUGUCAAAGUGAAAUACAUGAUGGAGCAUUGGAAGAAAGUCCUGAUAGUGACAAACACGAGGCCUUGGCAGACUCUCCUGGGAAUAGUAUAGGGACAAGGACUCCUCACUCCAGCACAGGUGACAGUGAGAAACAUGAGGGACUUGCUGAAACCCCUCAAAAUAGUCCUGAAGUCCUUGUUUUUUCUUCCAGUACAAAUAGUAAGGAAACAGAAGACAGAUAUCCAGAGGAUCAGGAGACAACUCAACAAUCAAGUUCGACAUCAAAUGAAGGAGCGGAAAGUGACAAGAGUGAAUUAUGUUCAGUAACCUCCAUAAAAACCAAGACUGAAUCACUGUAUGAUUCUACGAUUGAAUCAUCUUCUCCAUCCGCCAAUACUGAGUCAAUGUCCUCUGUUAAUUCAAAGACAGCAGUUCAAAAUAUAAUUCAAGUUAUGAAAUUGGAGGGUGAAAUAUCAGCACAUAAUAUGAAAAGUGGUUAUACCUGUAAAGAUAGCAUGAAGAUGAUAAAAUCGGAUGUAAUUUCUGAGUCUGAGAAGAUACCACAAUAUAGCCAUCACAGUCCAGAUGCACCAGAGAGACCUUUUAGUUUGGAUUCUCUGCAGCCUGCAACCAUGAGUGAUACUAAAACUCUCUGUAGAACAGACUCACUUGAUACUACUCCCAUCAGAGAAGAUGGAUCAUCCCAAAAUUCCCCAGACUCUAUUGAGCCAAGCCCAACCAAGGAGUCCCCAUGCCAAGACUCUUUAGAGGGAAGUCCCACUGGUCAAGAAUCUGGUCAGCUGAGUUACACUGAAAUGGUCUUCUCAACAAGUCAGGCUUUCAUUUCUGAUUCCGGGGAAAAAGAAACAAUAUCUAAACAAAACAUUUAUUUAGAAAGUGAGUCAUCCCAAGGUUCCCAUGAGACCUUAGAUAUGCAGUGCAUUUCCAUGACCCUGGAGCAAAAAGAAAAAGUGAUUGACAGUGGGGAUCUUUAUGACUUUGAUGCCUUACAAAGGCAAUUCACUCCAGAAGAAGAGAUGUUUAAGAUGGCUGCAAAGAUCAAAACAUUUGAUGAAAUGGAAAAGGAUGCAAAAGUUAAAAAGGUAAAAUUUGAUUUUGAUUGUGGUUCUAAACAACCAAAAGAGGAAGAAGUGCUGUCAACACAUAAAAGUUCACUAGACUUUAACACAAUGUUAACCAUAACAUCAGAAGAGCAGUACUUGGAGAAUCCUGCUGAAUCUGGCCCGGUAUUACCCUUACAUUCCUCAUUGUCAGAUGAUGAUUAUGACAGUCCUGAGUUGGAUGAAUCAACUCACAAGGUCUCAGGAGAAACCACUGAGGUUUUAGAGACCACAGACAAAAUGGAGGAGGAACAUACUCAUUUAAAGAUUGUUGAUUUACAGGCAUGCAUAGACAUACCAUCUGUGCAAACACAUGUAGAGAACGAGGAGGAAGACUAUGAACAGUUACAUUCAGAGUACCAUAGUAUAGUGAUUGAUGAGACUAAAACUAAGGAGGAUCUCAUUAUUACAUCAGCAGAGAGCAAAAUGGGCACUGAGAAGGAUGGUGAUGUUGAUUCUAAGUCAACUGGUGAGAGCACAACUUCUGAAAAAGUGCUUUCUACCAACGACAAUGUAGGUGCUGCCACUUUUACAAAGGAAGUGCAGGAUGAAUCCCAGCCAGAUUUAUGUAUUUAUCAAGAGGACAAUGAAGAGAACCCAGAAGAAAUCCCAGUGUCUAUUCCAAGAGACUUGGUUCCCUGGAGUGCUGAAGUGGAAGACGAUGAGGCAUUCGAUGCAACAAUUGAGACUGAGGAGCAGAAAAUACUUGCUUUGUGUAUAGACAGACAUUCCCAUGGAACUACACCUGACACAACUCCAGGACGAACCCCUACUGAAGAGGGGACACCAAAUCCUUUCCUCUUCCAAGAGGGAAAGCUAUUUGAGAUGACCAGAGGUGGUGCUAUUGACAUGACCAAAAGGACCAUGGAGGAGGAAGAAGAAAGGUUAGUCUUUUUUCCAAUAAAUGAAGAUCCAAGUGAAGAAUGUGAGCAAGUCAAUUUCCAUGCUAGUGAGUCUGUUGCAAUCGCUUCAUUUGAGACGCCUACAGAUGGGUUAGUUCAUCAAGACACACUUAUUGAAGAACCUGAUGGCUUUAGUAAAAAUGGAACCAAAAGUGUUCAACCAGAACAUCCCGAACAGAAUGAUUUUCCUAUCCAAAGUGAACCAAAGAGUCCCACAGAGGAUAAUGGAAUCUGUGAAGACACAUUAAUACCGAAUGUUGACACUGCCACUUAUACAGUAACACGAACAGUUUAUUCUGAGCAAGACCCAGAAUCCUCUGACUCUUCAGUGGAAGAUGAACAGCAUUCUGUUGUUGAAAUGCCUAUAUCCACACAAGUAUCUACUAUUUCCCCUAGUGCUUCAGUUCAUACUGUUAGUCAACAGCAAUUCCAGACAUCACCUUCAAUGUACACUCCAUCCAAGAACCUUGUUGCUGAAAUUAAAGACACAACAUCUAAACCAAAAAUAGCUGUAAAAGCAGCCAGCUUUGACCAAGUUUUAGGACAAGGGGACUCCAUUGAACAGAAUCAAAGGCCUAAAUCUGUAGCAGAUAUUGGUGACUCAGAAUGGUCCAUGUCUGUUGUGGAUGAUCACACUAAAAUAGACAGCAGUUACACCAAACCACAUACUUCAUCCUCCCAGAUUUCAGUUUCACCGACACAGUCUCCUACCCUACAGUAUGCUGUAUCCAGUCAACCUGAACUUCCUGCUGAAUUCUCUCAGGAUUUGGACUCUUCAAGGAGCACAGAGUGUGAUAAAACCAAAGGAGACAGAGCCUCUGUUGAGUUAGGGAUAGAAAGUAGUUUGAAAGCAAUUCGACCCCCGUCCGUAGGCGAUGAUGUCUUUGAGUCAAGGCCCAACUGGGAAGAUUGUGUGGAGACACAGAUGCAGAGAAUCUCAGACAGCACUACCCCAGACCAAAGUAAAGUGGACUGGCAUGAUGAUGCAGAUAGGAAAGAAGAGACUUUGGCCAUCAUUGCUGACCUUCUAGGUUUUAGUUGGACAGAGCUAGCCAAAGAGUUGGAGUUUAACGAAGAUGAGAUUCAGCAAGUGCGUGCUGAAAACCCAAAUUCACUACAAGAGCAGAGUCAUGCUCUUUUACAGCGCUGGGUAGAAAGAGAAGGAAAGCAUGCAACUGAAGAUACAUUGAUUAAAAGACUCACUAAAAUAAAUCGCAUGGACAUUGUCCAUCUUAUUGAGAUCCAAAUGCACAAGUCAGUUCAGGAGCAAACCUCAAGAACAUAUGCAGAGAUUGAAAGGACCCUGGACCACAGUGAAGCUCUCUCCUCAGUCCAAGACGAUGGUGACAGUCUUCGGGUGGUGCGAAGAGUGGAGACUUCACAAAGGCAUCCUCCAGCUGUGUCAGAAGAAGACUUAUCUGUGGCCUCUCUCCUUGACAUUCCAUCGUGGGCUGAAACAAUAGGAAACACCCAUUCAGAGAGCAUUCAUGGGGAUAUGAUCGAAGAAUUGGAGAUCAUCCAGGACAGCUUUACCAAUCCAUGGCUGUUUCAAGAUGCCAAAAAAGAAUCUAGAAAAGAAGGUGCAGAUGAAGAAGUUUCUGCUGAAUCUGAGGAGGAAAUUCAAGCUCAGUAUGACUUUUCUGACCAUGAAAAUGCUUGUCUCUCUUCAUCACCAAUCAUUUUGAACAGUCAGUCAGAAUUCCAACAACGAUCAACGAAGGCUUCUCAAAAUGUCUUUGAUUUCAGUCAGGUAUCUAUUGCAAGAUUUUCUUCAAGUGAAAAUUCAGUUUUGUCAACAGUUGACCCUGAACAGACAGUACCCGACCUACUGCAACACACUUCACCAGAGAGUCAAGAAGAAACAUCUCAACUCCAAGAGCAAAAGUAUCAAGAUGAAAAUUCUUUGCGUCUUGAUCAAGUGUCACCUGUAUAUGAAAAAAGUGAUUUAGAAGGCAAUGAAAAAUCAGUAGAGGUGCAUCACUUUGAAUCUGAUGAAACUUCAGACACCAUGGGGUCUUUUUCAUGUCAUGAAAGCAAAUCAUCUGAAAUUGAUAUAUCGGUUCCUGAGAGCAAUCAAAUACUAGGCCAAAAUAUUAGUCCUUCAUUUUCCCCUCAUGCUCUUAAAAGAGAGGCUGAUGAAGUUGUCUCACACAGUGUUGAAGUGAAUCCAGGGGUUUGGAGAGUGACUCCAGACCUUAUUAAGGGCUCUUCAGAAUCAGAUCAGGUCUUUCUUACCCCAGAAAUGCUUAAUGAUUUGGAUCCAGUGCCUUCAUUGCAAAGCCAUAGAGUAGAAGAGCACAAUUUUAUUGAAUCCUCUCCUACAAUUGACUCUGCAUCACUGCUGUCAUCUACCCAUCACAAGGUCACAAUUUUAAAUCAAGAACAAUAUAAUACCAACAGCUCCCCACAGCAACCUUCAGAGCUUGAAGUUGAUCCUAGGAUAGACCAACAAACUGAUUCCCAUGAACAACUUCUGCAACUAUUAGAGUCUCUAGAGCAAAAGGCAGAAACCUUUGCAGACCAUUGUGGUGACCAGGAAGAUGAAUAUAGUCCUGAGGAGGGAAAAGUAUGUACACGAUUGGAUUUAACUACUGAACCUCUCAUAGAUGACAGUCAUGACUUUAAGAAAGAACUGUUGUCCCAAUCAGAGACUGACUCGGACAUGUGGAUUCAAAGUGAAACUCCACAGCUGAGUGAAACUUCACCUUUCUGUAAUUCUGACCUCAGUCCACAAACACCAGAAACAGUCAUAACUCGUCAACAUUUUGACUUUAGGGAGAAGUCUUCUGAACUUGGAUCAGCAUCAAUUCAGAAAACUGUUUCACAGGAGGUAGUGGUAUCCAACGGUUUAAGACGACUGCAAUCUGAAUCAAUCAUUUCUAGUGCAACCCAACAGUCAGAAGAAAAGCAUAUUGACCGGUGUCUCUCAGAGUCCUCUGAAUCUUUGAUGCUCACUCUUAGCAUGAAUCCAGCACUUAAGGAACCUGUUUCCCAGGAGGAAGUACUAGCUCAGCCACUCUCUCAGGAUGGUAGAGACAAGACCUUAACUUUCAAAGAUUCUAGACGACCGCUGUCAGACUCAGUUAUGUCUGGUGCAACAUCCCAAAAAUCAGAGGAAAAACACUCUGCCCAUUGUCUUUCUGACUCUUCUGAAUCCUUGGUUUUCAGCAUGAAUUCAGUGCUUGAGCAACUUACGAAAACAGUUCAACCAGAACAACCAUUGUCUGAUAAACCACUCAGCUCCGAGAUGACUAUUUCAUUAAUUCUUGGUGUAUCCCAAGACACAUUCACAGGGCAGCAGCAAUCGAUGGUUGAAAAAGCAUCAAUUGAGUCGCCUAAAUCUCAAAUUGAUCUGAGUGAAAAUGUUGGCAAAGUUGAAAAACCAAAACACAAAGAUUUACUAAGCAUUGAUCAACAACAUGAUGAGUCUGAUCCUGAGACUUUUUUCGACUGCAAACAGACAAUCUCAGAUUAUUCUGAAGCAGAAGAAGAACUUGGGAAGGGUGCCAUGGUGCUGAGUAAUAAAGUCUUAAGGUCUACUGUUCAUGAAUUACAACAACAACCAAAUGUCAGAAGUCCCUCAGGAUAUAAGUCAUCCCAUGAGAGCCCUCGUUGGUCAAUCAGGUCAUCAGACAGUGAAGGUUUCGAGGAUUCUCCCAUUAUCCAUGAACCUAAUGAUGAUGCAGAGGAAAAAGACGUUUACUUUAUGUGUCAGCAGAAAAGUUUGGAAUCAUCUGCACAAACUCCUCAGGAACUUCCUCCUCGAGGAGGGGCUGAGUAUAAUGAUGAUGAUCUGAGGAGGGAGAUUGAUGAGGCAUUAGGUGUGCUGUCGGAUAGCUCUGAUGAGGAUGUGGUGACUACCAGAGUGGUGCGAAGGAGAAUAAUUAUUCAGGGUGAUGAUGUUCCAGAUGUUCCUCCACAGUCUGUAACAGAAGAGCAAUACACAGAUGCACAGGGAAACUUGGUUGUGAAGAAGGUGACCAGGAAGGUCAUUCGACGAUGUGUGUCAUCUGAUGGGGUGGAGACAGAGCAGGUGAGGAUGGAGGGCUCCCCCCAGCAGCCUGUCAAUGUGGCAUCGGAGGAUGGAUACUCAAAAGUAAUAAAAAGGACAGUACUGAAGAGCGAAGGACAUGAGACAGAGGUGACUUUCCAUGAACAAGAUGGCAUGUCAUCUUCAAAGGGUGAAUCUGCUCUAGGUCAAGAGGUCAGACAGGUGGUCCAGACAAAGAUGGUACAUGGAGAACAGCUGGAAAAGCUUGAGGGGGAUCCUUAUCUUGCCUCAGACCUGCCCUCAGCCCGGGAGGACUUCACCCAGGACGAGGAUGCAGAAGUCUAGGACCCACAGGAGAUCAGUAGUGAGGGAUGCUGGGGGACAGAAGCAGGUGUGCGUGGAGCAGAUAGACGAUCGGUCUGAGCCCCAUGACAACCUACAGCAUCACCUCCAUCACCUCAUUCACCACUACUGUGCCCAGAACGACUGAGAGGAAGAGAGGGAGGAAGCCGGUGAAGUCUGAGUGAUGGGUUUCCCCCUUCAUUUUCCUCUCCCUAUCUCCAUCGCUCCUCUCUUUGAGCCUGUCUGCUCUCCUAACCACUCCUAUGCACCAUGCUCAUGCAAUCCCAGAGUGCACUUCACUCCUGCCACUUCUAGUCUUCCUGUCCAAUGAAACUGGAUGUUUGCCCAGUUUGUCAAUGGACAAUAUUUUCUCUCUCCUUAUUUUCCCCAGUUUACCACAAGUGUUUCUGUCCUUCGUUGUGACCAAAUGGUGUCCUUUCCUUUCCUUUCCUUUCCUUUCCUUUCCUUUCCUUUCCUUUCCUUUCCUUUCCUUUCCUUUCCUUUCCUUUCCUUUCCUUUCCUUUUAAAUCCCUAGUUAUAACACCAAUGAACACACACAAAAUUCACAAUAACCAAAAACGUUUUUAUCAAAAGAGAGAAAAAAAAGACCACAUCAUGACAUGCUAUUUUAAUCUCAACGGUUGAGAUGUCUGAAAACUUCUUGCCUUCUUUAUCAGCUGUUGGGGUAUCGUGUGUCAAGUGUAUUCUAUCCAUGGAGAUUAUAUAUAAUAUGCAUUUUUAAAAUGACAGUAGAUCACAUUAGCCACCUGUAAGGAUAUUAGCAGGCAUGCUUAGCUAGCAUCAGUCACUUAUUAAUAACAGACUCUUUCUGUGGUUAGACGACUGUCAUUUUUCUGUCUUUUUCGUCUCGCCUCUCUCUUUGUGUCUGUGAUCUGUAGCAAUUCUAGUCGUCGUCAUCACAUUUCAGUGCAGCUUUUUGUGUUGUAAUAGAACUCAUUAACAUGCGCUUUAUGGUUUUAAACUCACUUUAGCAAGCGUUUCAAGAGGGACUCAGGAAGAAAAGGUGGAAUCAAAUUCAUGUAAUCAGUUACACAUAUUCUAUUCUAUUUUUAACUGAAUCUGAAUUUAUUCAUUUCUUUACGUAUGUGUUUUUGAGUGAGUGUAUAUGUGUGAAAUCAGAAAUGUGAUUUUUAUUUUCAAAUUAUAUUAAUUUUGUUCUGUACAUAUUGCUCAAUAUCAGUAUGUGUCGAGGAAUCUUGCUCUGAGGUGUUUAUGAUGAUGAAUGCUUUUAAAAUCGUACUGGUUUCAGAAGUGAGCAUAAGGGAUGUUUUUUUUUUUUUUUUUUUUAAAGAAUGUUUUAUUUUGAUGUAUUUCGUUUUUAUUAUACAUAAGUGGGAGUAUUCUCUUUAUGAUUCCCCAAAUCACAGGUUGGCUUCAGAUGAGAUUGUUGGGAAGGAGAGUGUACCAUGUGAUAUUCGAUUGACUUUUCCUUUAAACUGCAGAUUAAUACAGCUGUGUUAGCAGAGGUUGUUUUUUGCUGCUGAUCUGAGGCCAGCUCUGCUUUUUCCCCCUUAUAAUAAUUUGCGUUUGGGAAAUUGGCCCCGGAACAGCAUUUCAAAAGUCAUCCUCUAAACUGAGCAAUGUCAUUAAGUUGAACACUGCUACUACUUUCACUGUGACUGGACCACGUUUGAUUUACUGAAUCUGCAUUCUAUGUCUGUGGAGAUAAGAAUAUGCAUAUAUAUAUAGUACAUAAAUAUCUAUCCAUAAAGGCAUGUAUUAGUUUACCUUAUGACUUUUAAAAAAGACAUUUAAACACCAUACCUUUGCUGCAGUGUGUCUAUAUGGCUGAACGAGAAUAAAAGUGUAUAAGUGUCACA